AUGGGUGCUCAAUCGGACGCAGCAAUGAAAUGGAAGCGAAUUGGCAUUGUCGGGGCAGGGAAUAUGGGCUCUAUGAUGGGAUUUGCCUUUUCUGAACUCGGCCUCGACGUCUCUAUCUGGGAUGCUAAGAGUGCAAAUGUCAACAAUUUUAUGAAACAAGUGGAGCAGGCCAAAGGUCUAAAUGGACGUAUUUCAGGAUACCACGACAUUUCAGAUUUUGCAGAUAGCCUGCGACAGCGCGGCGGCCGAAGACUGUUUCUGUUUUCCAUUACGCAUGGGACACCAGCAGACGAAGUCUUAAAAUUGAUCAAGAAACACCUAAUGAAAGGUGACAUAAUUUUGGACGGCGGCAACGAGCACUAUCGAAACACCGAAAGGCGACAAAGAGCAUGUCAAGGCAUUGGCGUGGAUUGGAUCGGAAUGGGCGUUUCCGGGGGCUACCAGUCUGCUCGCCAUGGGCCAAGCAUGUCCGCUGGUGGAAAUAACAUCGCGUUGGAGGAAGUCAUGCCGCUGUUGGAGCUAUAUGCAGCUAAAGACCCCAAAUCUGGUGUACCUUGCGUUUCCAACAUUGGACCGGGUGGCUCAGGACACUUCGUGAAGAUGGUCCAUAACGGUAUCGAGGUUGGCAUGCUCUCUGUCAUCUGUGAAGCAUGGGGUUUCAUGCAUAGUGGAAUGGGACUUGAUUACGAGGAGAUCGGUGAAAUAUUCGAGGCGUGGAACACAGACGGUGAAUUACAUACCAACUACUUGGUCAAAAUUGCCUCGGACGUUUGCCGAACGAGAAAGGCCGUGAAUGGCAGCGAAGCGGAGGAUGGCUAUGUCCUCGAUGAUGUGCUCGACAAGGUCGUACAAGAUGACGAUUCGACAGAAGGAACACCCUCAUGGUCCAUUAUGGAGUCUGCCAUGAGGCAUGUAUCUUGUCCAACACUCGCAGCGGGAUUUUACUUUCGUGUGGCUUCCGGUAAUCGUGAGGAGCGACUACAAGUUGCCGAAAAGCUUUCCAUGCCUGACCCAAAGUCAUUUACAGAUAUCAAGGAUAAGAGUCAAAUGAUUGAAAGUCUUCACAGGGCUGUCUACUGUGCCUUCCUUGCGUCGUUUUGUCAAGGACUGGAGCUAAUUGCACGGGCGUCGAUUGACGAAGGUUGGGAUAUCAGCUUGUCUGAGUGCAUUCGAAUAUGGCGUGCAGGGUGCAUCAUUCAAUCAGAAUUCAUCGCCGACCUUCUGGAACCGUUUUUGCAAGAGAAUAAGUCAUUUACGAACGCAAAACUGAACAGCUGCGUUGGAAAGGAGUUACAACGAAACUUCACGGCGUUGAAGGAUACUGUUUUGCGAGGGCUCGCGGCAGACCAUUAUUUCCCGGCACUGUCUGCCACGCUUGAGUACAUCAAGUAUACCGGAGGCACAAUGCUUCCCACCAAGUUUAUGGAGGCGCAAAUGGAUUACUUUGGGGCUCAUGCUUACAAUAAGCCUGGCGUGCAGGGCGAAGAUCCCGGACUAGUAGCGAAAGGUCCUCAUCAUUUCGAGUGGAAUCCAGCUUAG